AUGUAUGUAUCUCCUCUGUCUAUCAUUAGACUAGUAAUUAGGAUAAAGAGUGUGGAGUACAUGCCAUUUUUCCUAUCAAUUGUCGUUGUCGUGUCCUGCUCCUGCUGGUUUAUCUAUGCUCUGCUAGGAAUAGAUCAGUUUAUUGGCACUGCAAUAGGUGUUGACUUGGGUUUAGUAGUAGUACAACUAAUCUUGUAUUUCAUUUACCAUGACAAGAAAAGUUUAAACAAGAUUGCAUUUGCUGCUGGUGAGUCCAUACAGAUGGAAAAGUAUCAUAGCAAUAACGUUAAGUCAUAUAAUGAUGAGAAGCAAUCAAAUUUUCAUGAAGAUAAUCAGCACUCCAACCAGUCUGAGCUUGUCGCCGUUUCCAAUUUGACAAAAAAAAUGAUAAAAGCUAGUCAGUCAAAGUCAAAGUAA